AGUUACAGCGUAUUCAUCACCGAAGGAGAAGUUGACGAUGAAGUGGGUUUAUAAGGAGGAAAAUCCAUUCGAAAAACGACGAGCGGAAGGCGAAAAGAUUAGACGCAAGUACCCUGACCGGAUACCUAAUUCUCCGUAGAGGAUGAUAAUAUGGCAUGCUUGUGUUUCCUUGUGUCGCUUUACUCCGGUUUUACUGAUCUACAGGUUAUUGUUGAGAAGGCACCGAAAGCGCGACUUCGCGAUCUGGAUAAGAAGAAGUACUUGGUACCAUCUGACUUAACAGUUGGACAGUUUUAUUUCCUUAUUAGAAAAAGGAUACAUUUACGUCCAGAGGAUGCGCUUUUCUUUUUCGUCAAUAACUCUAUUCCUCAAACAAUGACAACGAUGGGACAAAUAUAUCAGGAAAAUCACGAAGAAGAUCUUUUUCUAUACAUUGCAUACAGCGACGAAAGUGUCUACGGUUCUUUAUGAGUGAAUGAUGCGAGUAAAAUUAUUUGCUUUGCUUCGUUUUUGUACUUCCUUUUUUGACGAAAAUGUUUUACCUUUAGUUUACAUCCAUUUUAUUCUUCCGUUUCAAUGUUGUAUUUGUAGUAAACAAUAAGACAACUAACAAUACAAGUUUUUAAACGCAUUAUUUCUGAAGGUCUGUAAGGUGGGCCUUAUAAUAAGAUUCGGGAGUACGAAUUCUUAUGGAUUUAGUUUUCAUAAAUAAUUAAAUACGCAUGACUAGGUCACACAAAGUGCAGACUUCUGCAUCUUAUGCCGUUUCGGGAAGCCAUAUUUUGUUGAUAAUUUUAUUAAUACGUAAUUUUUUCCUGGAUUCUGCUUUGUAAAACAGUAAACGGCAUAAAUGUUUGAAAGGUAUAAGAAUAAAGAUGUACGCUUCGUAUUAAAAAAUUCAGUGUGUCCGUAAUGUUUAAUUCUGUUCCCAUGUGUGUUAUGCGUUUGUACAUUGUUCAGAAGGAUGAUGCGUGAAGAAAAAUGAGGUUAUAAGCAAUAGGCUGCCUUGUUGGUAGGGAAUAUGUGAAAUGUUUCACGGUUUUUAAUGACUUCAACUAGAACAGGAAAGUUAGUUUGGGGAACUAUGC